UCUGCCCCAUGGUAGGCGCGGUGGUCGCAAAGACGCCAGCCUUUAAAGUUCCAGUUACUCUUGACAGCCCCCACCCCCUUUGGCGCGGCAGCCUGUUGAACCGGAGCCACUCACCCCCUCAUGCUCCGCCCUGCCCAACAUUGCCCUGGUGUCGAGGCAACCAUGAUCCUACCCAGAGCUAUCUGCUACCCGAGCCCUUACGCCAGCUAGGAGUCUGUUUCACAAGUGUGCGCCCACCCUCAUGUUUCUUCACGGGAAGCCCCUGCUUUUUAUACACUCUUAAUAAGUCACCUAAAGAGGUCGGUACCCGCGUGCGCUCUCAAGCGUAUAAACCGCUAGCCCACCACAGGAAAAAUCGGUCCCAACAUUUUGGGAUCCGAGCCGCGGCGGCCGAAGCAAUGCAAAGCCGAACCUCGCCCGUCCGGCCACCUGCGCGCGCGUUACCGUACGCACAUAUGCCCUCAUUUUCGAGUCCCUCAUUUCCCCCCCUGCCACCACGCGCGCGGUCACGUGGGCCAUCUCCGACGGCGAGGGCGGGGGGUAUCGCGCGAAGCCGCGCGAGACCCGGGACCGCUGGGUGAGCGCGCGAGCCUCUGCCAGGUCCCCAGCUAGGAGGCUGAAACUCCCCCUCCCCCCUCGCGUACUCCCCCUUCCCCCAUUCUCUUUCCCGGCCCCUCCCCCGCCGAGCAGCGGGCAGUGCCGCGGCGGCACCUGGGUAAGGGAUGCACCUCCAUAGCCCUUUUGGGUUUCUCCGCUCCGAUUGCAGACUCCGGGCGUGAGCCGCUCCGCGGAGGCUUGCAAGCUGCCGGCACCGGUCGCGAGACAGAUAGCCACCAUGGAUACUGCUAGCCAUAGCCUUGUCCUUCUGCAGCAGUUGAAUAUGCAGCGGGAAUUUGGUUUUCUCUGUGAUUGCACUGUUGCCAUUGGAGAUGUUUACUUCAAAGCUCAUCGGGCCGUGCUUGCUGCUUUUUCUAAUUAUUUCAAAAUGAUAUUUAUUCAUCAAACCAGUGAAUGCAUAAAAAUACAGCCGACUGAUAUCCAACCUGAUAUAUUCAGUUAUUUGUUGCACAUUAUGUACACUGGGAAAGGGCCAAAGCAAACUGUGGAUCACGGCCGUUUGGAAGAAGGAAUUCGAUUUCUUCAUGCAGACUACCUUUCUCACAUUGCCACAGAAAUGAACCAAGUCUUUUCUCCAGAGACUGUCCAGUCUUCAAAUCUGUAUGGGAUUCAGAUCUCAACUACACAAAAAACCACAGCCAAGGAAGGCCUGGAGAUGAAAGAGAACCCUUCUAAUAGCAACGGAAACAGAAGUGUUGCCCAAGGUGACCACCCCCAGUUACAGCUCUCCCUUGCUAUUGGGCUGGAUGAUGGCACUCCAGACCAGCAGAUAUCCCAUGCUUCUUCUCAGUCAAUGGAGGAGCUUCAGAAGCCUCCAGUAUCUAUCAAGCAAGAAAGGUGUGACCCUGAAUCUGUUGUAUCUCAGAGCCACCCCUCUCCUUCUUCAGAGGUGACAGGCCCAACUUUCACUGAGAGUGGUGUCAAAAUACACUUGUGCCACUACUGUGGGGAACGCUUUGACUCACGGGGUAACUUGCGAGAACAUCUCCACACUCAUGUGUCUGGGUCCCUUCCCUUCGGAGUUCCAGCUUCCAUCCUGGAGAGUAAUGACCUUGGGGAAGUCCAUCCAAUUGGUGAAAGCAACGAGGCUCUUGGAGAGUGCCACCGGCUCAAUACCUUUCUUGUCAAAGAAAAUGAGCAGCAGCCUGACCACCCAAAUCGUGGCAGCAUGGAACCGUUGCAGAUCAGUCAGCUGUCUCUGAUCUCCAAAGACACAGAACCAGUGGAGUUAAACUGUAACUUUUCUUUCUCAAGAAAAAGAAAAAUCAACUGUACUAUCUGUGGUCAUAAGUUUCUCCGGAAGAGCCAGUUGCUGGAACACAUGUACACACAUAAAGGUAAAUCUUAUAAAUAUAACCGAUGUCCAGGUUUUGGGAAUCCAGUGGCCCAGAGAUUUCAGCCAUAUUGUGACAGCUGGUCUGAGAGUCCUCUGAAAAGUUCUAGUUUGUCUCAAGAGCGCUUAGAUUCCUCAUGUACUUUAGAGUCUGACCUCACACAAGAAAAUGUGGACACCAUCCUAGUAGAGUAGCUUUCCUUCACAAUAGCAUCAUUGGUUUUGAAAACAAGGGGGGGGGAGUAUAUAAUGGUUUUUAUUUACAGUUCCAACCCCCAAACUCCCUUUCAGUAUUACUGAAUUGUUCACCCUGUCAUCCAAGAUUUUAAAAGCCAAAUUUUAUUUUAUUUUCAAAGUGGCAAAAUUAAUUUGAAAUCACCAUUGCCCUUGAUAAGAAUACAGCAAUGAAGUGACUUAUUAAAAUGCAAACUUUCCAUUAAUUAAUUAGAUAAUUCUUUAGAAUUCAGCUAAAAUAGUCAAACCAAAUUCAGGAAUUUUUAUAAUUGGUCAUUUAAAUUAUUCCAGAAAGUAGAACUUCUAAAAUUAUCAUAUAGAAUUUGAAGUAGAUCAAUUCUGUUCCAAAGUGUUAUUCCAGAGCCUCACUGUUUGGUUAAUAUCUCACAUAAAUCAUACCCUACAAAAAAUAUUCCAUAGUUUUCAUUAUAUAGCAAACAAGUAAUUAAUUGUUAACAUGAAGAUGCCAAGUAUAAAAUAUCAGAAUUGGUUACUAAAGCAUAACCUUUAUUAGUCAUGAAUAUGGUUUUAAAGUUACUUUUUUAAAACUUCCAAUCCUAAAACACAGUGAUAUAAAUUAUAAAGAUUUAAGCAUAAUAAAUGUGAGCCAUCUUCCCUCAGUCUCAAAAUAGUCCAGUAUCCAUACAACAAAGAUAAUUUUUUUUAAAAAAAGUUUUUCAGUUUGCCAUUUAUUUUAGUCAAGUAUCCCAACAUUGAGGAAUUAAAAUGUUUUUCAUGACCAUAUCUAAAACCCAUGAUAUUACCUUCCCAUUCAUAAGUUUAACGUGACUUUCAUUUCUAAUAGUGCUCUUCCCAAGACUAAGACAGAAUUAACAUUGUCAAUUCAUUUUGCUGCUCUGACAAGUCUUGUAGACUUCUUAUUAGAAUGCCAAAGGAUAGUCUAGUUAACUUAUUUCUUCUAUUUUAAAAAUACGUUAAAAUGCACAGAAUUCUAAAACAACAAAAGAAUGUUUUUCUAAAACAGACUUUUUUGUAGUGACUUGUGAUUAAAAUUGAAAUAUAAAAAAAUAAUAAUUUGUUUAAGUUUCUUUAUUGCAUUGUUUCUUGAGCGUACUGUGACACUUAACCUACCUUUCAGUAAGGAGUCAGUUGAGAAAACUAUUCCAAAUAGUACUGACCAAGAUGAUUUUUCAGAGAAAGUAUUUAAUUUUAAGGGAAUGAACUUUUUCUGAAUGUUGAUUAAAAUUUGAAGUCAAGGGUCCACUGAGCUUUCUGAGUUCAGGGUUGAUACAUAAGGAACUAUAGCUGAGUAUCUCUUGCUGGACAUUGGUUAUGGGGGGAUGGCUGUUUAGGGUAUUAGAUAAAGUAAUUUAAUCUUUAAUCUUAUUCUUUUACUUAAGUUAGGCCGCAGGCCACAAGUGACCACAAAUAUAUUUAUAAUUUAUUUUUAAAAUAAUUAAUAUUUAAAUUAAAAUGUAAUUAUGCUUCCCUUUACGAAUGUAAUUUUCCUGUUUGUUUUUUUUUAACUUUUAUUUCUUCAUUUCUUUCUCCUAACAUUGAUGUAGGACACUGAAUAGGAAGUAGAUAGUUAAAUAGUGAGCAUUAGGUAUAUCUGUCUUAUAUGUUUGUUGGGCAUAGAGCCAGGGGAAGUAAGAAUGAGGAUUUUAUGGUAGGAGUGUUAGACAUCCUAGUCUUGCCCCUAAGAAAUCUCACAUCAAAGAACACUAAUUUGAAGAAGUUCAUUCUGAUUUGUUUGGACAGUUUAAAAAAAAUUGGUUGGCUAAAAUGCAAAAUAUGUAUAUAUGUAUGAUCUUUCCUUAAUCCUCAUGCUAUCUCUCUGUUUUAGGAAGUGGAAAAGCACUACUAACACCAUUUUACAGAAAAAAACCCAAAACCUGAAUCCCAGAGGUCAAGUGGUGGUGGUGUGGGGACUGACCCCAGCCUUCAUUUAUUCAUACAUACAUGCAUGCAUGCAUUUGUUCUUUCGUUUAACAAAUUUUUGUUAAAGCACCUUCCAUGGGCCUAACACAGUGUUCUAAGUCUGGUGGUAUCGUUAUAAUAGACACAAAGGCUAGCAAAGAAAGACAGCCCUUCACCCCCCACAAAAUCAGUAAAAUAAUUUGGGACUUCAUUUUGUUUUCUUCAACAUAGGUGUGCAAUAUCAACCUACUUCACAGGGAUCAGUGUGAAUCAAUUCAGUCAUGAAUUUUGAGUCCUCCAAAAUAUGUAGGUUUUUGGCCUAUAAUUCACUGGUAUAGGAGCCAGCAGCUCAUCUGUGACUUAGAGCCUUUGAGGGCCCAUGGCCACAGACAAUACGUGUCACUGUCCAGGCUUGAACCCCAAUCUGCCUAACUCCAAGGCUUCUCACUAUCCAUUCUGCCACUCUGGUAAUAAGCAUUAUCACAUUAUUACACAAAUACAAUACACAGAUGUCCCUUAUGAAUCAUCUUUAGAAAUCUCUCCCUUGUCACUUUCCAGACCUUAUAGUGGGUUCCUUGUCUUGCAUUUACCAUCUGCUAGCUCAAAUGCAGCAGCUGUGGACCCAAAUGGAUUCAGAAAAUGCUGUACUUUUCAGAGAUGUUGGUUGUGAUGUAACAGUAUUUUUUUUAAAUCAGGUAGAUUGUGUCUGAUUGUUACAGAUUUUGUCAGUAUUCAGAGAACGUUUAUUUCUCCUGCCUUACAAAGACACUGAGAACUUUCUGAUUUAUAAUUGUCCAAAUUUUUAUUUUUUGCUCUGAUCUUCUGUUUUCUUGUCUUUAAAAGGAUCAGAGAAAUGCCUACUUCACGGGUGUUAGGAUUAAUGUAUGAAACUGUCAAAGUGUUCGGUCUUGAUAGUCCCAUGUGUGGGAGACCUUACUGUUGUUGUUUCCCUCUAUUCUUUAGCUAAGCUUGGAGCGUCAGCUUUUUGGGGCAUUCAUGCAAGAACCCUAGAAAUAUGGAAAUUUUCUAGCCGAUUAACAGCUUCAUCUUAUGAGGCAUCAAGUUUGAGAAAUUAAUGCUUAAAAUCUGAAAUUUAAGAUAAAUGAAUGUGAACUUUAAACAUGUUCCAGCAUCACUAAAAACCAGCUAAUUUCAAUAUCUGGUGAAAGCACAUUGAAUAAUAAAAGGGGAAAGCCCUUAGUUUUCUAGGUAUAGUACAAACAGUCGAAAAGGAAAAAAAGGAUAGUGAAACAUAUGAGUUCAUGUCCUUUCUUAUUCAUACUUUUGGAAGCAAAACUUCAAACAAGGUAAAAGGAAAAAAUAAUAGUCUUGGGAUGGUACAAUUUCAGUAAAGCCUUUCUUAGGCAAAUUUUUGAUGUUGAAACUGAAGAUUGAAUAUCAUUUUUGGUAGUAAUUUAGAUUAAAAUAUAGACUGUGUGAAGAGUACAAAAAACCCAUCUAGUUUAGCAUUGCGUCUUUGUAUGUUUCAAGUUGCAAAUGUAGCUGUAUAGUAUUUUCUUAUGACCAUUGAGUUUAAAAUUCUUCAUACCAAAAUCAGUAAAUGAUUAUUCUGUGAUAUAAAUCUGUUGGAUUUAAGGGGGAAAUUAUGGUGAGAUUAUGAAUCUUCCUCUCCAACCCACUUCUCUCAACAUUGAAUCUUUUUAAGUACGGGAAAAGCCAAGCCCAUAAUUUUUCAGGGCUUGGAGAAGCCAGUUCAUUAUGCUUUACUCGGUAUGUGUCUAUGACACACCUUGCACACUUAGGCUGAUGUUCAUACAGCUUCAUUUUUCCUGUUACUGACUUGUCUCUGUUGUGUGCCUACUGUUUGAUCAGGUAGAUAAAAUAUAAGCUGGAAGCAUUAAAAAAAAUUUGGAUUACAAAAUUUGCAUAAUUAAAAAAAUAAAGCCCCCAUAAGAGUUUUCAGAGGACAGGUAAUGCACAGAAAACAGAACAUACCAAUACCAAUAAUAAACACACUGUAUUAUUGCAUGACAGAGUUAUGCAAUUCCAUUUAUAAUGAAUUUAAAAUGUUUCAAAUAUCUGUUCCUUUAAAAACAAAACUGUCAUCCUUUUAUUGGAAUGGAAGCAAUUGCAUUUUCAUGUAUUUUAUCAAGAAAAAAUAAAUGUGUGUGACAAUUUAAAAUACUGUCUGGGCUUGUUUUCAUAAUCAUUUAAUUUGUGAA